CCUCCCUGCGUGCUCGUUCUGGAGAUUUGGGAGCAGAAUUCAAACAGGAUUUGAAAAGAACAAGUUUGGAAUCCAUUGAGAACGGGGCUUUCUAGAAGUGCAGAUAUGUCGACCAUUUUGCAAAAUGUUGGCUGGAGAAACCACAGUCUGCUGGAGAAUUUAGAGGACAGCCCUCAGCCAGACAAAUUUAGGAAGAUACCCUCCUCAAGCUCGCUUAACACAUUGCGAAUGUCCUUGAGGAAGAGGAUGCCCUUAAAGCAGGUCGAUGUCAACCUAAAUGCCAUGCCAGAUUGGGACAGUGUGACGGGAAAAAGCAAACGGCACCGCAUGCAGGCUGUGACUUCUACAGCAAUGAACAUGUUUGGAGCUGUAUCUCAGAAAUUAAAGAAACCGUGCAAAAACCAGACUGCCUAUUUGUUGGCUUCUCCAGGCGAAGUUAAAAAUUCCAAAAGAAAAGCCAAAUCUCCUGAAAACGGUGGUAAACGUACCACACCAAGAACAACCAAGUGGCGUCCGCUAGAAGAUGCCAGCCCCAGAACUUGUUCCACCCUGAAAUCCAAGAAAAGCACCACACCACGAUCCAGCAGGGCUUCAAGCUCCCAGUGGAAAUGUUUUUCUAGCUUGGUUAGGAAAGACGAACUAAAUCUGAGAAGGUCUGUGAGAGCUGCAUCCUUAAAGAGCCCGUAUUCCUCACCUGCAACUCAAAUGAGGAGAAGGCAGUUUGACAAAGAUCUAGACACAGUCUCCACAGGGAUCCGGCAGCUAAAACGCCUCUCAAGACUUUUUGAUGAUGCCAUCUUGAAAGAAGAAAGAAAAGAAGCCAUACUGAACUAUCACAACUUAAUGGCCAACAACUUGCGCUGCACGCGCCCUUCUCGGCUGCCUUGGAGAAGGAGCACCAGAAAAUUUCAGCAUACAUUUGGAGCCUGGACGGAAAUUGCAUUAACCAGCAUCAGCAACAUUGGUGCACGUUGACGAUAUGCUGAGUUCUACUAUCGCUCUUUCUUUUUACAUGUUAAUAUAUGUAUUCCAUACAAGCUAUGCUUAUUAAGUAUAUGGCCAUAUUAUGCUUGAGUAUAUUCCAAAAGCAUUUAUGCUGCAAUUCCUAUUUGCGUGUUUUCAAGGCAGCUAUUUUUUUUAUAUAAAAAUGUUACUAUUCUCAGUCCAUUAGUCAGUUUGAUUAAAUGGCUAUUUUUUAAUAUAAACCAACGAAGGUAUUUUUAGUAUUACUAUUUUGUAUACUUGUUUAGGUAUUAUCCUUCGUAUACCUAAUAGAUAUAGCUUCUAUUGAUUUGUGAACGUCCAUUCAGGGAGAGAUUUUACAUGUUUUUCCAGAGCUCUCUGCUUACAAGUCAAUACAUUUAAUUGUUCAGUAACGAACUGAUGCAUGCCUAUUUAUUCAGUUAUUGCAUUACUUUCAUUGUAUGCACGCCUAGCUAGUUUAAUAUUGAUAGGCUAAUUUGGAUAUGUUACAUGUAUGAAAACAUAUUGGCAAACUCACCAGGAGAUCUGUAUCUAUCUAAUUUAUCUCAUUAUUAUGCCCACAGUUAAAAUCCUUGUGUAUGCUCUUUAAGCACAGUUGUUUUGGCUUAAAUGACUUCAAUUUAAAGAUUUAAUCUCAGGGUGUUAUGGAAUUCGACCUGGUGGAACUAUAGGUUGGCAGCACUACCAAUUCUUUAGUAGAUAUUGAUAAAGAAACGGUAAUGUCAAUUCCAAUAUGACAAGGGAUCAAUCAAGUAGUCUGAAAAUCUAGAUUGCUUUGACAAACCUGACUAAUUCUGUGUAGAUAAUGAAAUAUGAUACUUUAUGAUGUAAAUUGUUAUGACUGGAAGUUUUUAUAAUAUUUUUUCAGUAGCACAAACGUAAAAUAUUCUAAGCUGCUCAAUCCUAGAUUUCAGAUGUCAAUUGUACCCAGUUCUAUUAUAUAUUUUUGGGGGAAACAAAGUAAAACGUUAGGUUAUCUUUAUGGGUAUUUUUUUUACCCAUCCCUAAACAAAUCCUAACCCUUGCUUUAAAUACAUAGACUGGUUCAGCAAUUACAGAAGCAGGAACUGUUACAUUUGGCUGUCUAACUGUAACCUUGAAUUCUAAAAAUGCAUUGUACCUUGUGCCCAAGCUCUUACACUUAGCUACAUAGCACUAAGCCUAAUUCAGAGUUCUUAUGGAAAUAUAAGAAUAGGUGGAAGUCUAAAUCUAAAAUGUAAUUCUUUAAAGAGACACUAUAGGCACCCAGACCACUUUGUCUCAUUAAAGUGGUCUGGGUGCAAUGUCCCUGUCCCCUUAACCCUGUAAUGUUAAAUAUUGCAGUGCCUGAGAAACUGCAAUAAUUGCUUGCAGGGUUAAGACUGCCUCUUCCUGCUUGCUAGGUGACUUUUGGUCACCUAACUGGCUCUGGAUGUCCUCACGCUCUACAUGAGGACAUGCAGUGUCCAUAAAAUCUCCACAGGA